CUCCCUGUGACGUCACAUGGUAGUGGGGUCGGGACUCCGCCUCAUGACGAGGGGCGGGGCCAGAAGGAUCCCUAUAGCGGCUAUAGGAGCCUGGCUCCGCCCCCGCAGGGCCAGAGGAGACCCCUCAAUGUCUGGGGCACCCCUGCGACCCCCCUGCACGGCCCCAUCGCGCCUUUAGCGCCCCCCGGUGAGCCCCAGGAGCCACAGACACACCGGGGCGGCUCUGGGGGACCCCAAAAACUCUAUAGGCACCCCUGAAGAGCUUUAGGGGACCCACGCAGGAACUGUAAGGUCCAAAAGGACACCCAGAAUCUCUACAGAAGCUCUGGAGGGUCAAUAGAGCCCCCUCAGACUCUCUGCAGGGGCAAUAGGGUCCCCAAGUAGCUCCACAGAGCCCCAAAACAGCCCCUGCAGACGCUGCAGUGUCAAUAGGUUCCCACAGGGAAUUCCCAGGGCAGUUUAGGGUCCAGCCCAGGGGCGGGGCUCCAGCCGGGGGCGGGGCCUGAGGGGCACUGAAAACCCCCCAGGUCCCCUCCGUGCCCCACACAGGUGAGAGCCCCCCGGACCCCCCAUGGCACCUCCACCGCCCCCCGGCCACCUCAGCCUGGCCCGCGGGCUCCAGCCCCCCCUGUACCAGGACGCCGUCGCCCGCCGGGCUCUGCGGCCCGCGCUGCUCAGGAGCGUUUCGGUGCCGGCCGAGCCCCCCGCGCCCCCCGCCAUGGAUGUCACCUACGCCGUGGUCAACAAGCCCCGCCGGGGGGGCGGGGCCGCAGGGAGAGGCCCCUCCCCUUUGGGAAGAGACCACGCCUCCUUCGGACGAGACUCCGCCCCUUCGGGCACGUGCUCUCUCCCGGGCAGCCCCGUGCGCCGCCCCUCCCCCAGCCCGGCAGGCUCCCCCAGACCCUCGGAUGGCGCCUACGAGGUCGUGACCCCCCCCCGCGGACACGGGCAGCGGCCCCUGCCUGGGGUUUAACUUCCGCAUCGGAAAGCCCAAGGGCCCGCGGGACCCCCCGGCCGAGUGGUCCCGGGUGUGAGGGGGGGGGUCCGGACCCCUGGGCCCCCCCACAGAGGAGGGGCCGCAGCAGAACCCGGCUGAUCCUUACAGAACCCAAUAUAGACAAAACCGAUUUAUUAUGACAAAUAAAAACGGAUUGUGAAAAACCCA